AAUUACAAAGUAAAAAAAAAUAUGGAAAAAACUCAAAAAAAGAAACGAGUUAUGUGGAGUGAGGCUGCCGAGGCCGACUUAAUCGAGGUGUGGCAACAAAAAAUGCCAGAGCUGCGAUCAACGCGGAAAAAUAACCACAUAUACGAGGAAAUGUCCUGUACGAUGCUUUUGGCUGGACACGAAUAUACGUCCACUGAAAUUAAAAUUAAAUUGCACAAUUUUACCAACAAAUACAGACAAGAAAAGCAGAAAAUUGGCCCAUCGGGUGGCUCCCCUAGUAGGUGGAAAUAUUAUGAGGCGGUCCACCAAGCAGUAGGUGGUUUCAAAAGUUUUUGUUCCGCCAAACUUGUAGAGGAUAGCAUUGUGGUUGACAUGGAACCAAUUUACAUUGAGGACGAUACAGAAGGAGAGCCGCCGCUCCCAAGCCCAAGCGAUGGACCUUCUACGUCGCGUGGUUGCUCUCGGCCAUCGUCAAGCGAUGCUGCAAGAAAGAAAAAAUCAACAAUAACAAUAAUGGAGGAAAUGAAGGAUGACUUAAUAAAGGCGACUGAGGCGAUGAAGGAAGCCGAUGAAAAGCGUCUUUCUCUCCUACAAACAUACAUAAACGAUUCAAAAGAAGUGAAGGAUGCUUUCAUUGACUUCCUUCGUCGCCAAAAAUAG